AUGACCGUAAACUACCCUCUCGCACUGGUCACCGGCUCGACCCAAGGCAUUGGCCUCGCGGUAGCUCAAGCCCUCGCCACAAAGCACAACUACCAUGUCCUCCUCGGCGUCCGCAACACCCAAGCCGGCGAGGAGAUUGCUUCUGAUCUUCGCAACAAAGGCCACAAGGUGGAUGUUGUCGAACUCGACCUCACUUCUCCCGAGUCUAUCACCAAAGCUGUGAAGCACAUCGAGCAGAAGUACGGCUACCUUGACGUUCUUAUCAACAAUGCUGGAGUUUUGCUUGAUAUGAACAAGGACCUGACAACUUGGGACCUCUACCAGAAGACUUUCGCAACCAACGUCAUCGGGACCGGUACUCUUACCCAAACUAUCCUUCCUCUUCUUCGACUGGCCAAGACAGGUCCACCAAGAAUUGUUUUUGUCACCAGCGUCAUGGGCAGUCUCACCUGCACUACCGACAAAACAACCAUUUACUACAACAUCGAUUACAAGGUCUACGACGCUAGCAAAGCAGCUGUCAAUAUGCUCAUGUUCAAUUUCGCGCGUGAGCUGGAUGAUGUCGGUGGAAAGGUCAAUUCUGUUUGUCCGGGUUUGGUCAAGACGGCUUUGAGUGGAUUUCAUGAAUAUGGCACGAGCACAGAGCUUGGGGCUCAGAGGAUUGUGGAGGUGGCUACUAAUAUGGAUAAGGAUGGGCCGACCAGGACUAUUAGUAAUCGAGAUGGGGAGAUUCCUGUAUAG